AUGACUGCUGGCUCUGGCGCCGAAAAGAAGAAAGAUUGUGCAUUGUUGGACUGCUUAAAUUUUCUUGAUGAAUCAGAAUAUCAUUGCGGAUCCGUGUCCAACUUGACUGCCGGAGAUUUUGCAAACCACCCCUCACCUAUGUCGUUACAUGAGGACGCUGAAGUAGAAGCACCUCCUUCUACAUCUUAUGCUUCUAAAUCACAUGUGAACCAACGAAAAACACAAGGGUACGAUAAAGAAAGGGAAGCCGAAAACAGAGUGCUCCUAGAUAUCAUAAAAAACGCUACUGACAAAACUACCAUGGCAGCGGAGCAAGCUUUGAUGGCCGAAAGUGCCGACGACGUGUUUUCUGCUUUUGGUAUGAAUACUUUCCUUCACUGA